AUGGCUCCUCCCGUCCGCAUAUCAUCGCUCCUUGGGCGGACUUCAUCUUUCGCGAGAACAUCACGACAGCUACAGCUUGGGUACUGCAAGAGAUGGGCGGCGUCGAAGACGGCGAUAUGUGGCAGUCCCGUAGGGCGAAUGUCUGGGAGCAGGCCUGUGAAGGUAAUACAGCCGAGACCGCAGACUCGAUGGACAACGACCACAACCACAACCACAGCCACCUCAAACGACGUUGAGGCCAUCUCAGACGCGAGGAAACGCGAUCUGCCUGCCUACGAGCCACCCAAGACGGGCCUCCUCUCAGUGCUGCCUUCAUCCUGGCUACCUUACGCCGAACUCAUCCGCCUUCAUAGCCCGGCAGGCACGUACUACCUCUUCUUGCCAUGCAUCCUCAGCACACUCCUCGCAGCACCUCUGUGCAACCCGAUCCCGGCUCCUGCUACAGUCGCCUACACGACCUUUCUCUUCGCGACUGGCGCGUUGAUCAUGCGUGGCGCAGGCUGCACCGUCAACGACCUCUGGGACCGUAACCUCGAUCCUCACGUGUCCAGGACGCGUCUUCGACCAAUCGCGCGUGGAGCUAUCACUGUCCAGCAAGCAAUACCAUAUCUUGGCGUUCAGCUCUUUUCCGGUCUGGCCCUUCUUCUACAAUUCCCACUUGAGUGUCUAUACUAUGGCGUGCCAAGUCUACUACUGGUUGGCACAUACCCGCUCGCGAAGAGAGUGACGAAUUAUCCUCAAGCCGUCCUCGGAUUGACGUUCAGCUGGGGUGCCUUUAUGGGCUUCCCUGCACUCGGCAUCGAUCUCCUCAGUAACAUACCCGCCCUUAUCAGCGCGGCUUGCCUGUAUGGCUCGUGUGUUGCGUGGACGAUCGUUUACGACAUGAUCUACGCGUACCAGGACAUCAAAGACGAUGCAAGAGUUGGUAUCAAGAGCAUUGCGCUGGCACAGGAGAAGAACUCGAAGCUCUUCCUGAGUGUGGUCAGCAGUGUGCAGGCUGCACUUUUGGCUGGAGCUGGUCUAGCUGUGGGCGCUGGACCGAUAUACUUCGCUGGCACGGUGGGAGGCACGGCAGUAUCUGCGGCGUACAUGCUCUGGAAGGUCAAUCUGAAGAGCGUCAAGGACUGCUGGUGGUGGUUCAACAAGGGCGCUUGGGCGCUGACUGGAGGUGCUAUAACACUCGGAUUGACUGCUGAAUAUCUGGCUCACUACCUGGGCUGGUACGAGACCUCACCCAAAGACAAGCCAUCCAAGAACGCGACAUAA